AUGGCCGAUAUCAUGGAAGUCGAUCCCGCUCCUUCUGCUGGCACGAAGCGGAAGGCGGAGGAAGACCCGGACGACUCUCAAGGGCCCCGUCGCAUUCGCGCGCUCGAUCAGAAUGUAGUCAAUAAAAUCGCCGCCGGAGAGAUCAUUGUUGCCCCCGUCAAUGCCCUGAAAGAACUGAUCGAGAACUCGGUUGACGCAGGUGCCACUGCUCUCGAGGUACUGGUCAAGGAAGGUGGCCUCAAACUCCUGCAAAUCACCGAUAAUGGAUGCGGUAUUCAGAUCUACCUUUUCGUUCUGACUCUGCUCAAGAGGGAAGACAUGGAGAUCCUCUGCGAGCGUCAUACGACCUCCAAGAUCACCGCCUUUGAGGAUCUUACCUCCAUUGCCACGUAUGGCUUCAGAGGCGAGGCCCUCGCAAGUAUCAGUCACAUCGCCCAUCUCUCCGUGACUACCAAGACCAAAGACUCGAAUUGCGCAUGGCGUGCCACAUACCUCGAUGGCAAGCUGGCUCCCGCAAAGCCUGGCCAGUCGGCUGAUCCCAAGCCCACCGCUGGGCGCCAGGGUACGCAGAUCAGCGUCGAAGACAUGUUCUAUAACAUACCGACACGUCGGAGAGCAUUCAGAUCGCCUGCUGAGGAGUACAAUAAGAUCAUCGACAUUGUCGGACGUUACGCUAUCCACUGUAAGGGAGUGGGCUUCUCCUGCAAGAAGCACGGCGAAUCGGGCACCAGUGUAUCCAUCCAAGCCACAGCAAGUGAAAUCGACCGAAUACGGCAGAUAUACGGCUCAAGUGUCGCCAACGAGUUGAUGCAGUUCUCAACCUCAGAAGAUCGUUGGGGCUUCAAGGCUACUGGAUGGGCCACGAACGCCAACUACAAUAUCAAGAAGACCACGUUUCUCCUGUUCAUUAACCACCGGUGUGUAGAGUCAACCACCAUAAGAAAGGCACUUGAGCAGCUAUACGCCUCAUUCUUACCCAAGGGCGGCCGUCCAUUCAUCUACCUCAGCCUUGAGAUCGACCCUGCCCGAGUCGACGUCAACGUUCAUCCUACGAAGCAAGAAGUGCAUUUCCUGAACGAGGAUGACGUAAUCCAGUCAAUAUGCGAGCACAUACGCUCCAAGCUGGCAGAGGUGGACACGAGUCGCACAUUCAUGACACAGAGCUUGCUACCGGGUGGUCAGAUGAUGGAGAUAUCCCCUCAGGCCGAGGGCGAGGGCACCCCAGCGACGCCUGCAAGAGAGACACCAGGCUCAAAAAGACCACGGAGGAACUCUAAUAAUCUCGUCCGUACCGAUACGAGCUUGCGGAAAAUCACCAGCAUGCUCCCCUCAGCCACAGCCGCUACGCCCUCCAAGGCGUCACCAGGGCUUGCUGCGGCCGCAGCCGGGGUGGCUGACGAGAACGCCUUGUCUGCCUCGGAGCACAUUCAGUACGAAACGGUCGAUCGGCCCUUCGCACCAAUGAGGCUUACUAGCGUCAAGGAGCUCCGGGCCGAGGUAAGGGAAGAUAUGCACAACGACCUCACAGAAAUCUUUGCAAGUCACACAUUUGUCGGCGUCGUCGAUGAACGCCGUCGAUUGGCCGCUAUCCAGGGCGGUGUCAAGAUGUAUCUCAUUGAUUACGGUCGGACCUGCUACGAGUACUGCUAUCAAGUCGGGCUGACGGAUUUUGGCAAUUUUGGUACAAUCCGCUUCACGCCGCCCCUGGACCUCCGAGAGAUCCUCCGCAUCGGCGCCGAGGUGGAGAAGGCCAACAUCGAGUCUCCCGACGAGGACUUUGACAUUGAUGACGUUGUCGAGAAGGUAGCCGCCCAGCUGAUUGAGCGGCGCGAGAUGCUCACCGAGUACUUUUCCCUCGAAGUUUCCCCCGCGGGCGAGCUGCUCACCAUCCCCCUUCUAAUCAAGGGCUACACGCCUGCCAUGGUUAAGUUACCUCGUUUCCUGUUGCGCCUCGGACCUUGCGUCAACUGGGAGGAUGAGAAGCUGUGUUUUGAUGCCUUUUUGAAGGAGCUGGCGUCCUUCUAUGUGCCUGAGCAGUUGCCGCCGACAGUUGGUGGGGAGGCUGGCGAGAAUGAGGAGGAGGCCAAGGUCGAUGAUCAGCUUGCGGAACGGCGGAGAAAUGUACGUUUCGCGAUUGAGCAUGUGUUUUUCCCUGCCUUCAAGGCGAGGUUGGUUGCGACUACGUCGUUGAUGAAGGCUGCUGUGUUGGAGGUUGCUGAUCUGAAGGGCUUGUAUCGCGUUUUCGAGAGAUGUUAG